AUGGCGGAGGAGGCGAUCACAAAGCUGCAAGCAUCGGUGCUGAAAAUGAUGAACGAUCAAUCGGAACAAUACGAGCUCAAGCUUGACAGCAAUAUAGAAUCAGGGAAUUCAACGCAGCAACAGAUCCGAGAAUUAAGUAACCGAAUCAUCAUCUUGGAGGCGGACAAGGAUGGUCUAUUGUCGCGCUUGGAGAGUAAAGCACGGCAUAUCGAAGAGUUGGAAGCCACACUUGCUGAGCGAACGACCCAAUAUAGAAAUGCCAACACACGCGCCAUCAAGUACAGCACGAUGUUACUCAAUGUAACUGGCAAGGGCAAAGCUUCUAUAUCAGCAGACGAUCUUCAGCUGGGUAGGUGGCGUAAUGGUACUGCAGCCGACACGCCUAGGUCUAACAAUGAUUCGUCAUCUAUCACGAAGGAGUCCGGUAGCGAAUACCAACGAAUUUCUGGAAAUAAGAAUGUUGAUAACCAGGCAAUCUUUGGACACAGAAAUCAAACCGGUACGGCUGCCCGUAUAUCAGCUCCAGGCGAAUCAAUGGAUAUCCGACGCGUAGACUGGGAUGUGCAUGGCAAUGGGAAAUCUCCUUCAGGAGCACUUAUCAUUCCUGCGCCAAUCGAUGAAAUCACCAAUCACAGCCGACAAGAUGGACAGAAUAGUUCUGAAUUGGCGUCUGUACCAGUCUCACGAGAACAAUCUGAUCCGUUUUCACGAUCAAACGCAGCAAAGAAAUCCAUCUCAAUUAGGCAUGCACAUCUGGAUGUGAGAAGAAGAUCACAGAGUCAUGGAAAGGACACUUGUGAGGUCAAUGUGGUCGAGGACAAGUCACGAACAUACAACUCGACGAAACAAGGUUUUAACAGAUUCCAGAAGAGUGUGGGGACUAUAGCACUGCGAAAACAGAGCAUACAUGACACCGACAACAGCGCUACCAACCCUCAAGACAGUGGCACAGUCAUUCAGUUCGAGGCAGAAAGCAAGGCUUCGCAAUUGGAUGUAGCUGAGAAAAAUGUCCCAAAGGAUGACGGAGGUACAGAGGAAUGCAAUUUCAACUGUCCGCAGGUACUACGGCAGCACGCGCAUGAAGACCAGCCAAAGGGAAUGCGGAGGAGUGGACGUCCGGGACGGGGCCCAAUUAAGAUAGAUGGUCGAAAUAAUAAGAAACUAACGAGCGGAGUAUCAGAUCCGAAGGCUUGGCUCUUUUCAAAAGAGGACACGAAAAUAUCAGUCGAAAGGAAUGCAUUGGAAAUUCGUACAAGUAUAGCCGAUACAGGUGUGCAAAAGGAGUCUCUGGCUCAUGUGAGACAUGAUGCAUCUGGGAGUCCGGAUGAAGUGGGAUUUCCACGGCUCCAGCCAGGAGACCCCCUCAAUGUCAGCAAUGGCACAAACAGUGAUCCGGAGAGUCAUCAUGAUGCCAUUCCUGGCACCAAUAAGCAUGGACAGCAACCAAAUGAUGGUGAAGAGUACGCGAAUACCAAACAGCAGAAAAAGAAGAGGACGCGCUCUACCACGAAUGAACGUGACGGUGACAUGCAAUCCCAGCCAACGGCGCUCAAAUUGACAUCAAAGCAAGAUCAACCAAAAAGCAUGGAUAGUCAACUAAAGGGAUUUCUAGAGCACAAACGGAAGAUAGAAGAAGAUGAACGAAGUAAACGACCUCACAAAUACAUUGAAGUCGUUAGAGGUAAAGAUAAACGCGCAAAACUCAAGGGGUACGAUUGUGAUCACUGUAGGAGGUUUCAUGAACUAGCAGGUGGUCAGCUAACAGCUCAGCAGCGCAUACAAUUGACCUCGAAGCAUAGACAUACGUCCUCGCCCGUAAAGACCCCCCCUGGUAUCUGGGCCAUGACUUUUGAUACUACUUACACUGAUCCGCCAGACACUGAUAGCAUGAGCCAAAUACCAUGAUCGUACUGGUAUAUACGGCCCGAGUCUGUCCGUGCAAGAGAUCGCAUUGCGAAUACGGGGCACAGCUUCUGACGCAGCCAAUCCCGAAUGGCAGCAGUAUAAAAUAAAAUACAGAUGUGCGGCCAA